CCACCCAAAAAAGGUCUAGCUUCGCCACUGCAUGUAACUGCUUUCUUUGACUAAGAGUGAAACCAAAACUAUUUGAACAAGCUAGGCUUAAUCGUCGUAGACAAGAGAAGGAAGCAGAAACACCCAAGACGUCUCUACUUCUGCUGCAAGGACCUCGAUAUCUAACAUGGGGUACGGAGACAUCAUGACGGUAAUAACAAGCGGAGCAUCCGACCACACCGCGAGAGCAUAUGGAAAGGAGCUGCGCGCCGGGGUACCGGCAUCGCAAAAAAUGGCUAAAGACGAUUUGGGUAAUAUGGAAAAAUAUAAGACCAUCAUUGAGAAUGUGGCGAAACGUCAUGAUGUUGACCCAGCUCUCAUCGCUGGCAUCAUCUCCAGAGAGUCCGAGGCCGGUCACUCCAUCAAAAAUACUGCCCCCCCCGGUUGGGGGGACAAUUAUAAUGCCUUUGGACUGAUGCAGGUUGAUAAGAGAUGGCACAAACCAAGAGGAGCCUGGGACAGUGAGAAGCACCUGGACCAGGCCACUGGGAUCCUGGUUGAUUUAAUUAAACAUGUCCAGAAGGAACGCCCCAACUGGAGCACAAACUGGCAGCUGAAGGGAGCAAUCGCAGCCUACAACAUGGGAUACAAGGUUCUCGACCAUCCGGCCCACAAUGUGGACCAAAUUACCACAGGCGGAGACUACUCCUCUGAUGUCGUUGCCAGAGCCCAGUGGUACAAAGAAAAUCUUUUUAAGGCUGGCAUCCUUGAAAACAUUGUGUCUUAUUUCUGGCCAUGGUAGCUUUUAUGAGCCGAACAUAGAGUUUAAUAAGAGGGAGAUCUAUCUCGUAUGUGUGUGAAAGGGAGUCCAGAUAGUUGGUUCAGCAAGCCACACAGCAUCCCACAUAGAGUCCAGAUGAAAGUCCAGGAAAAUCUGCUUUGCCUAUUUCACAAAGUGGAUCUAGUAAUUUUUUUUCUUGCUGUGUAUUGUAUGUAUUGCCUUCCGUUACCAUUUUUUGCAAGAUCGCUUUUCUAAAAUAUGAAAAUAUUGUAAUGCAAUGCAUGGCAAUACAACACAUUCAAGAUAAUAGCUACAAAUUCAUAUUAUUCACAUCCAAUAUGUGGCACUUCAUUGUACCAGUGUUGAAAGAAAAUGUGGUGGUAAUGGCUCAUAUAUAUAUUAUACGUCUGUUAAAUGUAUUGAUUAUUCAUAGUGGUAAACUACAAAUAUAGAUAUACUUAUCCUAUCUGUAAUAUGUAUUGAUCAUCCAUAGUGCUAAAUCAUAGACCUAUACUUAUCCUAUCUGUUAUAUGCAUGUAUAUAUGAUCAUUCAUCUCGA